AUGUCUGUAAACAAACCCAUAGUCGAUUCUUCUAUAAACCAGACUUUAUCAAAUGGUACCAGCAACGGUACAACAAAUCAAUCAAACUCCUCUACAGCAUCCACGGCCUCCUCCUCGGUUUUAUCGUCAGCUGCAUCGUCUUCAUCGUCUACACCUACAACCUCUUAUUCUUCUUCUUACUCGGCUCUUCCAAGCUCUUUCGCAUUAUCUGAAACUGGAUCAUCACCAGAUACUAACCAGAUGAAUGGGUCUACUUCCAAGUUUUAUCUUGCAAAUAACCUUAAUAUUGUAAACUCCAGCGAUAGCAAUCCAGUUUCUCCCGUUUCUGGAGAACAUGGACUUGGACUUCCAGGAACAAUUCAAACUAAAAAAACAAUACAUCCUCUACAUCAUAAACGUGCUAAAGAACUCGCUAAACGAGAUCCUUCUUGCUACGUCCAUCAAAAAUUCGAUCAGAUUGUUGAAGUUGACAAAGAUAUCAAUGCCUUGUCUAUAGCUUCACAAGAAGGAGCACGAAUCUCCCACCAACGUCUUGUUAAAACAGCUUCUGAUGUUCGUGAACUUGCAAAACGUUUGGGACGUGCUACUAUUAACGUCAACACUAAAUCUGUCAUGAUUGUUACAAAAGCUAGAGAUAACUCAUUGGUCUAUUUAACCCGUGACCUUGCAUACUGGCUUAUUAAUGAUGCUCGGAAGGUGGUUUACGUGGAUAUUAAGUUACAAAAGUCAAAACGGUUUGGCUCUGAGAGUCUUUUAAAGAGAUUCCCUAAAGAUAUCCCCGCUUCCAAUUUACGUUAUUGGACAAGAGACCAAGCUAUUGUUUCUCCACAAUUAUUCGAUCUUGUCAUCACUCUAGGCGGAGAUGGCACAGUCCUAUAUGUCUCCAAGCUUUUUCAACGAAUCGUCCCCCCAAUUAUCUCCUUUUCCCUAGGCUCUCUUGGUUUCCUCACUAAUUUCAGAAUCGAAGAAGCAAAAAGAGUUGUUUCUAAAAUCUUUGAAGAUGGUAUAAAUGUUAAUCUUCGUAUGCGAUUUUCCUGCUCAGUUCAUUCUUAUGAUGGAACCGUCUUAGCAUCUCAUGAAGUACUUAAUGAGAUUGUCAUUGACCGAGGCCCAUCCCCCUGGGUAUCUAUGCUUGAACUAUAUGGAAACGACGCUCUUCUUACAGUGGUUCAAGCAGAUGGCUUGAUUCUUUCAACCCCUACUGGAUCUACCGCUUACUCUUUGUCUGCAGGUGGAUCUCUUGUCCAUCCAGAAGUCUCCGCUGUUUCUGUUACCCCUAUCUGCCCCCACACAUUAUCUUUCCGACCUAUGCUAUUACCUGAUUCAAUGGUGUUGCGUGUUACAGUUCCUAAACACUCACGGUCGACUGCUUGGGCAUCGUUUGAUGGACACGACCGUACCGAACUUAAACCAGGCUAUUAUGUUACAGUAAAAGCAUCACAAUUCCCUUUCCCAACAAUUGUUUCAAGUCCAACGGAGUACAUUGACAGUGUCAGUAGAACGCUAAAAUGGAAUGUUCGACAACAACAAAAGCCAUUCGAACACUUGUUAUCCAAGGAGUCUCGGCGAAAAUAUCAAAACAUUGAUCUUCGCGAUAAUUUAUCAAUUGAAGAACGAAUUGCUGAAGAAGAGCGUGAAGAUGCAAUUGAAGUUGAAGAACAUGAACUCAAGUAUGAACGACGAUACCUUAGCUGGAAAGGGAAAAAAAAUGGUCGCACCAACAGUGACCGAAGCCCCAGUGUCAGAUUUUCUCUGCGUAAAAUCAAAAGUAUUGAUGAACCAGGCAGAGGAUAUUCAUACCGAGAUGAAUAUAAGCUUAGUGGUGAAAUGUUUAAUGAGCUUGAAAAUGAAGGAACAUCGAGUGAUGAAGAGAAAUCACAAGCUGUGGCUGAUAAUUCUCUAGGUGAUGAUGAUAAUGAUAUCAACUGCGACAAUGAUUCCAACAGUUCACAUGAACCUGAUUACGAUAUUGAUUAUGAUGAAUAA